AUAAAUAUCUUAGUUCACAGAAAGGUGUUAUCUAGAUUGUUAUCCGGACGUGUAUCUGUGAGAUUGCAGGAUUUGACUUAUUGUGAAAGAAUGAUUGAACCACAAUAUUUCUUCUAUGUUUUCAGACUGAUUAGUGAGGAUAAGAGUAUAGAGGCUGUCCAGAUAAUAAGAGAAAUAAGUGUCAACAGACGCUGCGUUAAACAAGACUCACUGCUUUUAGCCUAUGCAAUCCUUGCCAGAUGUAAUGACAAGGCAACGAAAAGAGCUGCCUAUGCUAUUCUGUCAGAGGUCUGCAGAAUACCAACUCAUCUAUUUAUAUUCAUCAACUAUUGUGAACUAGAGAGCAGAGAAGAUUGUGCAUCUAAACCAUCUAAACAUCCUGGUUGGGGACGGGUCCACAAGCGUGCUGUAAGCAGCUGGUACACAAGCUUUGCGAAACAGCCUGAACAACUCGCACGUCUAGUUACAAAAUACAGAAAGCAUGGAGAAUGGUCACACAAAGAUGUAAUAAAGUUAGCGCACACAAGUACGGACGAUAAAGCCAUUGGAUUCAUAUUGCGGUAUAUUACCAAAGGCUUGGUCAAGGCGCGUGAAAUGUACUUGGAUAAUGUCACAGACGUUGAUACUGACACGCGCACAACGAUUGACAGAAUUGCAAAUCUCUUUCAAAUAUGUGACACAGCGAGACGAUGCGCGAAGAGACAGCAUCUCUGCACCAUCAUUACAGAGAACAAAUUAUCAUGGGAGCAAUGUAACUCAGACUUAUUGAGAAGCAAAGAAGUUUGGAGUGCCCUGCUUCCCCAUAUGCCAGUUGAGGCCACCAUACAAAACAUUGGUAGAAUGACCAGCUAUGGAAUGUUUGCUGACAAUACUGAAGAUGAAGAGCUGGUGCUGAAUAAGAUCCGUUCGAUCAACAUCUUAGCAGAAACAUCAAUGGGAACAAUUAACUAUGGAGGAGACGGGAAGGUAGUUAAAACUGAAGCCUCUUACGAGAAUACUAAGGAAAGGAGGAAUAAUAUUCUCCAUCCCUUCAGCAUCCUUUUAGCACUGGAUACUUAUAAAAAAGGCCGUGGUGACAUAGGUUCUCUUUCUUGGAUUCCAAACCAGAAAAUAGUUCAAGCCUUAGACCGAGCAUUCUACCAAGCAUUUGAAACUGUAGCACCUACUGGAAAAAAGUUCUACCUUGCAGUAGAUGUUAGUGCCUCUAUGUCGCAACCUGUUCUUGGAUGCACAGAUUUAAGUUGUUCGACAGCUGCAGCGGCAAUGAUGAUGUUUACUGCUAGAACAGAGGAAAAUCAUAUUAUUAAGGGUUUUAGUGAGAAUAUGGUAGAUAUCGAUGUGCAUGAAGCUGACACUGUUUGGGAUGUCCAAAAGAAAAUGAAAGCUAUCCCUUCAGGGCGUUCUGAUUGUUCUCAGAUGAUGAUUGAUGCAAUGGCUAAUCGGAUUAAAGAUGUAGAUGUGUUUGUAGUUUAUACUGACAAUGAAACGUCGCUUGGAAAAGUCCACCCAUGCGACGCUCUGUGCAAGUAUAGACUGUACUCAGAAAGACCAAACGCCAAGCUGAUUGUUUGUGGAAUGUGUUGCACACAGUUCACAAUCGCAGAUAAAGACGAUCCUAACAUGUUGGACAUUGUUGGUUUCGAUCCAGCUGCCCCAAGACUAAUUGCUGAGUUUGCAAUGGAUAAAAUAUAACUCUCUAACUGACAUGUCAAGAGAUGUAGAGGAUAUUUUAUUUGUUUGUUUUACGUGAUAUAUAUUCCAUGUAUACGAAAAAUAAACAGACGCGCGUAAACAGGCAUGACGUCAGACGUGUUGUGACGUUAGAAAGACACACAUAAGAUAAAGUUCCAUUUAAUUUUAAUUUUUGCUGCUUAACGUUAUGAAAUUCUCAUUCAGGUGGAAUAGAACUUUGUAUUUUUUACAACCCGCAAAUGAUUUUGAUAUCAUAUUAAAGAAGAAGUUAUCCCCGACAUGAAUGUGUAACUGUUUUCUUGGUUAUUAGUGAAACCUUUUAGCUAUGACGUCGCAAUCAUUACCAUGUACGUCGUCUGUUUUGGCGCCACGUUAAAAAGCGAUAAAAUCGGUUUAUUUUUUCUCAUUUAUUUUUUUUCAAUUUACAGCAAUGAAACUUACAUCGUCAUUUGUGUUAUACAACGGUCUUUGGCGCUAGGCAAUAUUUGUCACUUUUAUUUUCAAAAUUAUGGGAACAAAAAUGAAGAAAAACGACAUUCUCAAUUUUUAGACUUUUAGAAAAAAUUGCACACUUUUUUCUAAUUAAGAGGAACACGGCUCGAAUUUUGUUUGCAAAGUUUUUAUAUUUUCGAGAUAAGCUUAUGUUUGAUAGACUAUAAAAACAGUAAGCAAUUUUAUCAUCCAGUUAUGUUUUAAUUAAUGGUUUAUUAAACAUAUCCGUCAGUAAAAUGUGACAUCAAAAUAUAACGCAUAAAACCCUAUCUAAUUAACGUUGCGUCAAUAGAAUAAUAUGGAUGAACAGAUACAAGACGUUUUCACUCACGAUUUGUAUGUAUGUGCAUAUGACAGAAAUAUCAAAGUAAGCUUUAAGUAUUUUUGCAUUAUGUAUUGUUCUUUAAAAGUUACUUUAUGUUAAAUGUAUAUAUGCAUGUAUAACAUAUUAUGUACUCUUCCUGUGUGGAGGUAAUGAAAUAAGUCUAUCCUAUUUUUUAUUCAGAACAUUUUUUAUUGAAAAAAAAAUCAUCAUAUAAAAGGAAUAAACCACUGAACAUAAGUGAUGGCUGUCUUGCAUAUCCGCGACAAAUUUGUUUUUAUAAUAAAUCAAACUUGGCUAUUGAAUGAAAAGAACACAAGAAGUACAUGUAUCUGCAUUAACUCAUUUUCAUACCAGUUGGAAAAAUGUUUUAUUUCAUCUGAUUUGAUUAAACAUUCGAUUUAGGUUGUUACGCGCAAUAUCGAUGCGAUCCCAAACUGUUACACGUACGUGCAGUGAACUUCAUAAAUGCAUGAAUGUUAAAAAAAUCUUGCAUAUCUCAUUUUUUUGCCCGCUACACAUAGCUACAAAUAUAACUUAUCAGAUUUAUGUUUUACAAGUACAUUUUAAGCGUAUACAAUGAAAUUGCACAAGCUAUCGUACUCUGAAUUUUAACAACUCGGGAGUUUAAAGAAAUACGAAAUUUAGAAAUGAAAUGAUACUCGUAUAUGUACACUUACAACAGCAUUGAAACGUACACUAAAAUUGUAUUUGCUAAAGUACAUAAUCAUUUUCUAUCAAAAUAUGAUGGCAUUGAGUUCAUUAUUAUUGACAUGUUUGUUAAAGUAGCAGAUUUUUCGACCUUCUCAGUUAAUAUUGCGCGUAUACCCUGCUCACGGUCACGACAAUGUGACAAUUUAAGCAUUUCAUACUGUUGGGAAAAAAGUUGCAAAUAAUUUGAAUGUUGAUAAUACUUUUAAUGUCUUUAUUCUCUUUAGAAAAAUCCAUGUCUACAAACAAGAUCAAAUUUUACAGUGUUAAUAUUUUAAGGAUACCAGCACUGUAUAAUGCGAUGUUAUGUUUAGGAAAAAGACAUUUAGUUUAGAUUAAAUCAUCUUAUCCUGAGCCCAUGACGUCUUUUAUCGAGCGCAUGACAUCUUAUCUCGAGCGCAUGACAUCUAAUCUUAUGUGUUCGACAUUUUAUCUCGUACGCGCAUAUAAUAUCCUGCGCAUAACAUCUUAUCUCUUCCCUUGAAUAAUGCACAAACGGGAACAUGGGGUCUCCUCAAUCAUCAAAAGCUGGAAAGCCUCUAUUUGACUAAAAUUGUGUCAGUGUGACGUUAUUCUCAACAUUCGACAGUUUAACUUUUGUUGCUCCACAUUGGAAAAAUGCUGUGUGAUGAUUUUUGUGAGUACAAUCUUUGUCUUACCCCUCAGUAAAGUGUGACAUUUGUGUUCUGCUGUAAUUUUUUGGUAUAUUUCUAUGAAAUUCUUUAAUAAUUUUGAUUUUAAUAACUAUACGUAUUCGGAUGUAAAGUUUUGUUUUAUUUUAUGAAAUUCUUUUAAUUUUGAUUUCUAAUAAUUGUAUGUAUUUGGGAGUCUAAAUAACUCGACAUGUCCAGACAUGACAUGUUAAGGUAGAUCUAAACGAAUAAAAGAUGGAUAUAUAAUUGAAUAGCGUAACUUGCAAGUUGGAAAUCUCUUGCUUGAAGAUGUCUAACGCUAUAUCCCUUUAAUAAUACAUUACCUGCGAUUACGCAUAAGGACCUUAAAACAGAAAUAUCUAACUGAGAUGUCAAACACAUUUUACAAUUAGCAUGCUAGUUACAUGACUUUAAUCAAACACAAUUUUACAAUUAGCACACUAGUUUUGUUUGUUUGUUUUGGGUUUAACGCCGUUUUCAACAGUAUUUCAGUCAUGUAACGGCGGGCAGUUAACCUAACCAGUGUUCCUGGAUUCUGUACCAGUACAAACCUGUUCUCCGCAAGUAACUGCCAACUUCCCCACAUGAACCAGAGGUGGAGGACUAAUGAUUUCAGACACAAUGUCGUUUAUCAAAUAGUCACGGAGAACAUACGCCCCGCCUGAGGAUCGAACUCACUACCCCGCGAUCCGUAGACCAACGCUCUUACCUACUGAGCUAAGCGGGCGGGCUAGCACACUAGUUACAUGGCCUUUAAUCAGUAAAUAGCGUUUAAAUUAUAUUAUCAAAGAUUUACUUAGACACCAUUUUUGUAUUACGGGCAGUUAAUUUGCUUAAUUGCCAAAUCAUGUUUUAGGGUCCGAGACGAACCAGUUUUUAUGUACGUAUUUUUCAUUGGCCAGUUGAACUUGUAAUACGAUUUUAAUUGGAUAAUUUCGAAGAAAUCAACCGUUUCCAAAUCCUUUAUAAGCACAUCAGCUACCCCGAAAAAGCCAAAACUCUGGCUUCGUAGAAAAGUGAAUGUUAAAAAUAAAUGUCAUUGGGAGCUGACAAGAUUUCUAUUCUUUUUAUAGGUAAGUCAAAUUUUGUACUCUGUUUUUUUUUCGACUUUGUAAAAUCUGGAUUGGUAACUUUUAAAUUUUAAUGGAGAUCUUAUCUUAAUGCUUGGCACAUGUGUAUUGGAAUUGUUUGUUUUAUAUCUAUCCAGCUAUUCAGAUAACUACUUAGUAUUGUUUUGUUCAUGUGUAAGAUUUGUACUUCUACAGAAAACUUAAAAGUAUUUUUGUUUAUGAGUAAGAUUUAGUAGAUUCUUUUUACUGUUGAAUUAUUACAGAAAUUAUGUUUUAUAAUGAAAUCUGAACUAGUUAUUAUUCACAUAGAGGAAAGAAACUUAUUGAGAAGUACUCUAAUUUCUUGAUCUCUUAAAGUGUACUUUCAUUAAGAACUUGUCGCUUAAUUUGCGUCUUUCGGUCUAUUUUAAUAAUAUUCUAGGCCGUGAGUACUCUUCAUAGGAAAACAAAUUUAGAUGUAUUUAGGAAAUCAAAUAACUGAAUGAAAUCAAAAAUAUUUAAGAAACAAAUCUAGAAUAGACAGUAUGUUGGUUGAGUGUCGAUUAAAUGAAAGAAACCAGUAUAAAAUGAAGCAUCAGUAUCCGAAAUGUUAGUUGUAAUUAACUGAAGCUCCCUAGGAUAAAUAGUACCCACCAAUUGACCAAUAAACGGAUUAUCCAUAUUAAGAAUAUCAUCCAGAUAGCGUGAUGUAUUAUUAAAUGCAGUUAUAAUAUCUGCCUGCUUAUCUGGAGAAAGGCUCAACAUAAAGUCUCUUUAAUAACAAUAUAAAAACAAAUCUGCGACAAGGGGUGCACAAUUUGUUCCCAUGGGAAUACCAACAACUUGUCUAAAAACGGCAUUCCCAAACCUGAUGUAAAUGUUGUUCAAUAAAAAGGAAAGGGCUUUACAAAUUUCGUCACAGGUCCACAUUGUAUAAUGUUUAAUAAUAUUGCUAGUAAAAAAAGCUUUAUCAAAAUUGCAAGCGAUAAAUGAAGCAUUCUCUCUGGCAAAAGUCUUUUGAAUUAGGGCAGUUAAUUUGUCAUUUAUUAAUUGUCAUUUAUUCGCGAAGCGAAAAUGUAUCGAGAUUUCACGAAAAACAGAAAUUUUUCCGCCAAAACAUAAAAGCUUUUCACGAAAAGAUCUGCAAAUAUUUAAAAGGAAAAAGCGUGCGUUAGUGCCCACUACUGCAUAUGAAAUCCAGAUAAG